CUGUAAGAAUUCCUGGAGCGAGCAGCUGGCUGUAAAGCUCACUUAAAAAAAAGAAACAAGCACACACUCCCUCAUACCCAUAGCCACAGAGCACAAUUCCAGUGAGGGGCACACUAUUCUGGAUUUUACACCUGCAAGGACUAAGUGGGAGGGAAAAAAGGAACUUUGCUCAAGGAUUGCCUGGAUGACAGCAAGACGAUGCUUUUUUCCCUAGUUUUGCAAGCUGCUCAGUGGAAUUGGUGAUUCCUCAUAUUCUUUGCUCCACAAAUUAUUCAACAAGGCAGUGUGUCUGAGUGUUUGUGGAGGGGAGACAGGAGAGACAGAGAAUGCUAUCACAAGUCUUUAGGAUUCUGUGUAUCUUGUCUUUCUGCUUUUUCCAAGGCAGCUUCAUCAGGCCUGGAUCCUGCAAGGAGGAGAUCAAGUCAGCCAGCAGGGCAGCCCCCAAGCCCAUGUCCCCAUCUGACUUUCUGGAUAAGCUCAUGGGGAGAACCUCUGGAUACGAUGCCCGCAUCAGGCCCAACUUCAAAGGUCCACCUGUGAAUGUCACCUGCAACAUAUUCAUCAACAGCUUCGGGUCUGUCACAGAAACCACAAUGGACUACAGACUGAACGUUUUCCUGAGGCAGCAGUGGAGCGACCCCCGGCUGGCGUACAGUGAGUACCCCGACGACUCCCUGGACCUCGACCCCUCCAUGCUGGACUCCAUCUGGAAGCCCGACCUGUUCUUCGCCAACGAGAAGGGGGCCAACUUUCACGAGGUCACCACGGACAACAAGCUGCUGCGCAUCUUUAAGAACGGCAACGUGCUGUACAGCAUCAGGCUGACUCUGACCCUUUCCUGCCCUAUGGACUUGAAGAAUUUCCCAAUGGAUAUUCAGACAUGUACCAUGCAGCUUGAAAGCUUUGGCUACACCAUGAAUGACCUCAUUUUUGAGUGGCUCGAUGAGGGCCCAGUGCAGGUGGCCGAGGGACUCACGUUGCCCCAGUUUCUGCUGAAAGACGAGAAGGACCUGGGCUACUGUACCAAAUACUACAACACAGGGAAGUUCACCUGCAUUGAGGUGAAGUUCCACCUGGAGCGGCAGAUGGGUUACUACCUGAUCCAGAUGUACAUCCCCAGCCUGCUGAUUGUCAUCCUGUCCUGGGUCUCCUUCUGGAUCAACAUGGACGCAGCUCCAGCCAGGGUUGGCCUGGGCAUCACCACUGUGCUCACUAUGACCACCCAGAGCUCAGGAUCUCGGGCUUCCCUGCCCAAGGUGUCGUACGUGAAGGCCAUCGAUAUCUGGAUGGCCGUAUGCCUGCUCUUCGUGUUUGCGGCUCUCCUGGAGUAUGCAGCGGUCAACUUUGUGUCACGGCAGCACAAAGAGUUCAUCAGGCUGAGAAAGAGGCAGCGCCGACAGAGGAUAGAGGAGGAGCUGGUCCGUGAAAGCAGGGGGUUUUAUUUUCGUGGGUACGGACUGGGACACUGCCUGCAGAUGAAGGACACGGCCGCGGUGGAGGGGGCCACAGUCUUCACCCCCCCGCCGCCCCCGGCACCGCUGCAGGACGCCGAGUCUAUCCGCAAGAGGUUCGUGGACCGGGCCAAGCGGAUCGACACCGUUUCCAGGGCCGCCUUCCCCCUGUCUUUCCUCAUUUUCAACAUCUUCUACUGGAUCACCUACAAAGUGUUGCGCCAUGAAGACAUCCACCAGGCCUUGUAGGCACGCUCAUCAGAACCACAUUUCCUCUUUCUCCAAACCAAAACUGCCUGUACGAUUUACAACCCAGAAAGAAAAAAAAAUGUGUAAAGAUAAAGAUAUUUUAAAAAGUAUUUACUUCUACCAGACAUUAAACAGGUGCUGAAUAUGAUAGAACCAAGAGUUCAGGUGCAACUACGCUUCUCAAGAGACAAACACUCUCUCCAAAACAAAUGUCACCUAUUAUAAAUAUGAAUGCCUAUUUUGAGGGCAAACGGCGGUUUGCCAGUGUUUUUAUUUUUCUGAAAUGUAAUGCCUUUUCUUUUCUUGUUCGGGAUUUUAAAACAUGCCAUUCAGAGCCAAGCCCUGCACUCUGAGAGCGCGAGAACAGAGCAGACAGGCCCGACAGGUAAAACAGGCCCCAGCGGGCAAGUGUCUGCGCUGACUCGGAACGAACUCCUCUACCAUAUGCUGCAUCUCAGAAAUGAAUGUUUUUAAAAAAGAGAAAAAAAGAAAAUAUUUUUUACAUGAUAUUUGAAAUGCGUAUUUGGGGGGUGUUACAAUUAAAGGGGGGCUUAUUUGGAAUUCCUUGGGGGAAAUGUAUAGUGUUCCUGAAUAUUCACAGGUUGUUGAUAUGAUGACUUUUUUAAAAUGUGAAACACAAUAAGAUAGAUAUUAUAUAUACUGUAAAUACUGUAUAUAUACAGAGCUGUCUGGGAAUUGGUGACAGCACAAAUGUUUUUUGUCUAAUUUGAAUAAAUGGAAUAUUCUGCCAGGAUUUAGUAUGUGCUCUCUUCUCCUCCUUGAUUCCUGUGUUGUUGCUGGAAGUUUAAUUUGUUGAUUUGACUUGUUUCCCUUCAAAGAUGAUCCGAUACACACAUGGGAUCUGAAACCCAAGCUCUGCAAUCUGUUAGCGCACAGCAGACAGCAGCGCAUGUGUCUGUCUGACAUGUGCAGUUGGGUUUUUUGGAGUCAGAGCAUAAAAUUCCCACCCAGUAACAAGCAAAACAACGAAAACAAGGACAGAAUUCCAAGCAUUUUUCAUCAACAAGAACAAUAAGGGAAGAUUGCAUUCUUUCCCUAAAAGGAGACAACCUCUGUAAAAGCAUCUUCAAAAGCACACGUGGCCAGUCCAUUAUGAGCGAUCUCAUGCUGUUUGCUUUUGUAAAACAUCUACAUGCAUGUUGCUGGUUAAUUUAAUGUUCUGUAAUUGACUCAUGACUAAUUUUACAUUGCAUGCAUUGCUAAGAGUGGGCUAAUUUUGUGC